AAUCAAUAGAAAAUGAAGAAAAUGAAAUUAAUAAAUUAGUAAUUGAUUUUACUGAUCUGGCAAUUGCACAAGAAAUAAAUACUUAUAGAGAAAUUGUUGAAAUCACGUUAGCAAAACAAUUAGAACAUGAGCAAGGUGAUCUGAAUGAUUCUGAUGAAGAGCCUCCAAAUAUUUUAGCCUCAGAAGAACUAAAUGAACUAAAAAACUUUAUCUUGUUUGCUGAACAACAAAUAAGUAAUGAUUUUGAUAAAAAAGAUUUGAAAGUGUUUCAAAAAUACUUAUUAUUAAUGAGACAAAAAACUGUUGAAUUAUUUAGACAAAAGCCUAUUACAGAUUUUUUUGGUGGAGUAGAAAUUCAAAAUGAUGAAUAUUCUCCUAAUCAAGAUUAUUUUUUUUGGGAAAAAAAUUUUCUUGAUGAUGAAGAUCUUUAUGAUAAUAAUUUUUAUAAUGAAGACCCUAAUAAUGAGGGUCUUUAUAAAGGAGAUCCUGAUCUUUAUGAAGAAGACUCUUAUAAUGAAGAUAUUUUUGAUGAUCUUUAUGACAAUAAUAAAGAUCUUAUGAAUGAUAAAAUGGAUUAA